AUGGCCCAGGUUAUCACUGACGUUGUCAACACAGUUACUGAUUUCUUUCCGAUCAAAAGAUUCGCGGCACUUUUCCCAACAGUUGCUUCUUCCCCAACUAUUGAAGCUCUUCUUCCACAACCAGGUGUGGAUAUGUCGCCAUUCAUUCGUCUUGCAGGCCUUUCAGGAGCUGUUGCUAUCUCUCUAGGAGCAUAUGGCUCACAUGUGCUUCGUGAUGAUCCAUCGAUUGAAGAACGUCGCCGAACUGCGUUCGACACAGCUUCUCGUUAUCAUUUGAUUCAUUCGCUGGCGCUUUUGUCAUCUCCAUCUGCUAGAUUUCCUCUUGCAACAGCCGGUUUAUUCUCUGUGGGAAUUCUGCUUUUCUGUGGACCAUGCUACCAUUACAGCAUCACAGGAGUGGAAUCCACCAGAAAAUACACACCUCUGGGAGGUGUCACUUUGAUCGUUGCCUGGCUUUCAUUUAUUUUGUAA